UUCCGGCGUGUAGUUUCCAUAACGGAUAAUAUCCUUACCGACUGUCAAGACAGGAAUAUACACGUGGACUUUGUUAUCUGUCUGUAAAACUAUGCAAACCACGGGCGCUUUCCAGGAUGUAGAGUCCUUCCAUUACAGUGAUGGGAAUUUGACCACAGAGACUAAACAUUGGGAUGACAAGGAGUAUGAUCUCAGUGAGUUUGACAAACUGCUGAGAGGAAAAUGGGAUGAGUCUAUGAAGGAUGGACACUUCAGAUAUCACCUUGAUAAAGUGGAAACCAAAAUCAUUCCCGGGGAGAAAAAAUAUGUAGCACAGCUUAAUGUAAAAAGAGCCACGGAGAGAAGGAAACCCCAGGCAAUCAUGGCAGUGAAUCAGCCAUUCGACCAAAACAUUUUCAAUUUUUCCCGUAUAAAGACUGGUGAAGUGUUGUUCCUGUUGGAUAGGAAGACAUCAGGUCCUGAUACAUCCAGUGGGGAGGUGGCAAUGUGUAAUGGUAUAAAUGAUGAGGACAACGAAUCAGGGAAAGAAUUGUGUACACAAGAUUUGAAGCCUCAGAACCUGGUUAUAAUAAACAUCAGCCCCUUGGAGUAUGGCCAUGUCCUGGUAGUACCAGAUGUCUACUCCUUCCGACCUCAGAUGUUGACAGAGAGUGCUAUACAACUGGCUAUAGAGACAAUGCUCCUUAGUGCACAUCAGGGUUUCCGUUUGGGGUUCAACAGUCUUUGUGCAUUAGCAUCCGUCAAUCAUCAACACUUCCACGCAUAUUAUCUGGAGCAUGAACUGUUUGUGGAAUCUUGUCCUGUGAAACACCUAAAGGGAAUCCUGUAUGAGUUAGAGGUGAUGCCAACCAAGGGAUUUGUGUUCCAAUUACACGGAUCAACAAUACAGGAAAUCUCCAGUGCAAUAUAUCUGGUGGCAGAUUAUCUACAGAAGUCUGAGGUAGCACACAACUUGUUUAUUACCCGUGGUACCGUAUUUGGGGAGGACAGGACUAGUCGGAAAAGGACCCUCAGGCUAUUUCUGUGGCCCAGGAAAAAGUUUAUAGGUGUGAAAGUAGAGGCCUGUUUUAAUGUGGCAGUGGUGGAGCUAGCAGGGCACCUGCCAAUCAAAAUUGUUGAUCAGUACAAAGAUCUAACCGAGGAGUCCAUUAAUAACACACUUGGGGAGGCACAGCUUGAUGAGGCAGAAUACCAGUCAAUAAAGGACAGUGUUGUAAAGCUCUUCACACCCGAAAGUGGCACCAGUUAAUGACAGCUUAUAGCUAGCAAUUUACAUAUGACAUUGGGCCUGUUUAAUUGUUACUGGGCACCAACCAGACAGCUAUCUCGACAGGCAAGUUACUCCUUUGGAUGAAACUUACACCACUGGUAAUCUGGUGUAUGUUGUAUAUGUAUGUUUUACUAUUCCUAGAACUAUGGGUGUUUUUAUUAAAUCCUGGUCCUACAGGAGUAGAUGGGUGAACAUGCAUGCAUAGCAGUUGUCAGGACGGUGCCUGGCUACUUAUAUCUUUUAGUAUAUUGCGUGGAUUUUUACUUACAAAUCUGAUACAUGUGUGUCUUUUUAGAGAAUAGCAACUAUCGUAAACAGAUACGUGUCUGAUGGCAAACCAACACAUAUUUAAGGAAUACAUUUGGUUUGCUUGCCAAGUGUGACCAUUACAAAUCUUUAAUAAUACAAAGAACGACAGUUUUUAACGUACUGAAGCUAGUCAGUUUAAUUUUAAUAUUAAAUUAUUAUAUACCCAGUCAGAUUGUAGCACUAAACUUAGCACCUUUAAGCGGGUAACAUGGAAAAGUAAUGUAAACUAUUCUUGCAAUGUUUCUUAUUGUCAUUCAACUAGUACAACCAUGGCAAUGCUGUAUAUAAAUGUUUGUGUACAUUCCUGGUAUAUUGUAUUGUGAUAUACAGAAGUUGUGUAUAUUUUUUGUUAGUUUAUAUGAAACUUUUAUUAUCUCCUAUUAUCCUUGAGUUUUAUUGACAGUGUGGAAUCUUUUAGUUUUACUAAUAACACUUGUUUUUCAUUAAAUCUCAAAAGAAAUGGGAUCUCGUUUAUGAUCCUGUAUGACAAUGUAUAGUUUAAGUAGGUAAGUGGAUACAUGGUUUUAUCAACACAUCAGUUAUUUGUUAAACAAAUAGUUCUCUUUAAACUGGGAAAAUGUUUUAAUUUCUUUUAUAAUAAUCUUUUAGAUUGGCAUGAUUUUUGCCUCACCAAUUAAUUUGUAAAUGAAUAGUAUAACAUUUAGUAAGAAGUAGCCGGAGUUUACCUUCUUACAAUUUGAAAUUUGAUUUAUUAUUUUUCUUACUACAGGUAUGUAAUGAAUAUUUUAACAAAAUUUCAAAAGAAUAAGCGAGUAAAUAAAAACCUUGUUUAUUGUAGAGGUUGCAGCUUGUAAUUAAAACUAAAAGUUUUCAUACUUAAUAUAUUUGUAUUUAUAUUUAUAUACUACAAUAGAAGUUGACUAACAAAUAUUUUAUUGCAUGUACAUGGCUCUGGUCACAAAUGGUGUUGGAUAUAUAAAUGUUUUAGUAAAUAUGCGAGUCUUUACUUUCAUUAAUAUUAACAAACCUGGGGUUAGUUACAUGUAUAUAUGCAUGAAAAAACUUAUUAAAUUGACAAAUGAAGUGAAAUGGCUGCAAUAAAAAGGAUGAAGGGGAUUUUAGAGUUCACAGUAAAGAAAGCGGGAAUGAUAUAUAGCAAAUGUAGGAUGAAGAUAGGGAUCCAUAUCACACAGGCCAGAUUAGGCAGGUAAUGCUGUAGUCAAGGAGACAAAAGUCUAUAAUAGUACAUUAACUUAAUCUUACCAGUAUUGAGGAUUGAUUCCUGGUUAAAUGGGGACUAGGCAAUGUAUGAAAAAUGGUACCGAUGUAGCCCUAGGGGGAAGGUAAACAAAGGGGGAAAUAAUUAAAAUAUUUUGGUCUUUUGAUAUAAAUGUACAUCAUAUAGUUUAUAUGCAUAAUAUGCAGCUUACAUGCAUGCAAUACAAUACAGAGAUAAUAUUUUCAUAUCCCUUUUAAUGUUUUAAAACUUACUCUGGUAUUGCACAGUAUGGACGCUUUACUCCGUUGUGUUCCAGUUAGCUGUAAAUGAAUGUAUGGUAGGGCAGUGCAAGAAAUGUUGUGCGUAAGCUGUUAAUGUUGAAAUGGCUGCUCCAGCUGUAUGCUCCCUAGGGAGUUGAGACAGACAUUGGCUGGUUGUUAAUGGCCCAAUACCCUCAGAUAAUAAUUUUUGAACCACUUUGAGAUUGCUAUGUUGCUUUGAAACAGUGGUAUAUAAAACUCUAAGUUAUCAUUGGUUAUUAUUACGUUCUCCGUCUGUCAUUAUCUGUAUACAUUAAGUUACGUUUACCAAGGGGAACAUCAGUUCACUUCGUGAUUGUCCCUUGUUAUUGUUAGUGUUUGAUAUUUGUGUGGAUCUGCUUUCUGUUUGCAGCAGAUCUCUUUUGCU